CAUGGAUUCGUGAGUAUGCGGUGCAACAGCUGGUUACCAAUUUGACAACGAGACUGGGUUCAGCUGAUAUUGUGUAGCCUCGAGGGUCAGUAGCAGUGCAGAUAGGUCUUUCUGUCUUGUGCGUUUGAAGAGAGACAGAUGACAGGGUUCCCAUGACCUAAGUGUCUUCCAGACAGGUCAGCUAGCAGUUGUCAGGCGUGUCGCUGGUGUAUUAUCAAGGUGCACGUGGUAAUGAAGCAGCCUAGAGGCGACAAUCUGUAACUCACUUAUCACUCAUCUGUGACUGUGUAGUAACCUAUGUUUUAGCACCUCAGGGUGUCAGAACAGGCAGUCACAUUUCCACCACCCACCUCCGCUGUGCCUGUCUUUAGCACCAGUGUAAUAUCCUGCCAAGCUGUCCACCUGCCCACUCCUGUAGGAAACCAGACAGGGCUUCACAGGCAUUCUCCUCAAGCUACAAUUGAUUGUUGUCAUAGCAACUGUCUCAGGAGCUGGACAUUGUGUGGAUUUGUUCUGACAUAUAAAUGUAAUUUGUCAGACAGAAGAAGCCUAAUCUAAGAAAUACUUGUGCUAGACAGAAUUCUGUGGCAUAUUUCCAGAGAUGGCGCAUCAGAGGCAGAAGAAGUCUUCCUCAGGCAGCGAUUUGUCCGAGUUAUCCACUGACAGCUGUAAAAGCCACCAGAGCAAGUUUGAAUCCCUGUUUGGAUUUGAUCUGAAGGACCUGUCCAGUGUAUUGCGGUUCUUUGCUCUCCUUAACCGCCCCAUGGAUCCAGCUUGUCUGGGGGUGAUGAGAUUUAUGUAUGGCCUGCUGAUGUUGUUUGACACCAUCCAGGAACGUGGCUUGUCUGGUGCUGACCUUAUAUUUGGAGACAGGAAUGAAUGUUAUUUCCCCCUGUUUAACUUUCUCCAUCCCUUACCAGUACAGUGGAUGAUUAUCCUCUACACAGUCAUGGCUUUUGGUGCGUUUGGGAUCAUGACUGGGUUUCUCUAUCGCCUUAGUUGUGCUCUGUUUGUUAUCCCUUACUGGUACCUUUUCUUCUUGGACAAAACAACCUGGAAUAACCACUCCUAUCUGUUUGGUCUGGUGGGACUCCUUCUACUGGUCUCUGAUGCUAACAGAUACUGGUCAAUAGACGGGCUGAUUUGGCCAGAGAAAAGAAACAGUCAUGUGCCACUGUGGAGUUACACCCUCCUGAGGACACAGUUUUUCUUUGUGUAUUUCUUGGCUGGCCUAAAGAAGCUGGAUCAAGAUUGGAUGACUGGAUAUUCUAUGCAGAAGCUCUCUCUCCACUGGGUUUUCUUUCCAUUCAAAUUGUUCCUGUCAACUGACCAGAUAGACCUGUACAUAGUCCACCUGGGUGGCCUGUUCCUUGACCUCACCAUAGGUUAUCUCCUCUUCUUUGAUGUCACUCGACCCUAUGCCUUCUUCUUUGGGGGCUCAUUUCAUCUCAUGAACUCCCAGAUCUUCAGCAUCGGAAUGUUUCCAUGGACUAUGCUGGCCACCAUGCCUCUGUUCUGUUAUGUGGAUUGGCCACGAGCUUUGUUUAGGAAGUUCCCAUCAAAGCUGUCGUGUGUGCUGCCCUUGGAUGACCCACCACAACCCAGCCGCCAUUGUGUGUACAGCAAAGAACAAGUGAAACCUGAGGAGUCUUCAAGAGCAGUGAGAGCCUCAACACAACUGAGGGACAAACCAGGCCCUUACCACAAGGCUGCAGCCAUAGGAACUGUGUUAUACCUGGCUGUCCAGCUCUUCAUGCCUUAUUCACACUUCGUCACAAAGGGUUAUAACAACUGGACGAAUGGGCUCUAUGGUUACUCCUGGGAUAUGAUGGUUCACAGCUGGUCACUACAGCAUGUCAAGAUCACAUAUGUGAAGAAGGACACUGGAGAAGUGGGAUACCUCAAACCUUUGGUCUGGACCCGUGGGAAGGCACGCUGGAGUUCUCAUGCUGAUAUGGUUAAACAGUACGCAACCUGCAUUGAGCAAAGGCUCAAGGCUUACAACAUCUCGAAUGUGGAACUGUACUUUGAUGUGUGGCGAUCCAUGAACAAGAGAUUCCAGCAAAGGAUGUUUGACCCACGAGUGAACAUCCUGGAGGCAGACUGGAGCGUUUUCUCUGACACCCCCUGGAUUCUGCCUCUGCUAGUGGACCUGUCUUCAUGGAGGGAAGAGCUCAAGAAUAUUUCAAAAACCUUCAGGAAUGAGACAGAAGCGACUGAUGUUGUGUUUGUGGCAGAUUUCCCAGGCCUUCAUUUGGAGAACUACAUACAGGAGCACCUGAACACGACCCUGAAGGUGUUACGGGGGGAGAUAAGGGUGGAGUUUGAGUCUGACAAGCAUAACUACAGCCUGAGUGAAGGAGAGACCAUGCAGCUGCCUGCUGAUGCCUUCCACACUGUGUACACAGUAUCUGAUGAACCAUCAUGUUAUAUGUAUGUCUAUGUGAACACCACCUACAUUCAGUAUGUCAAAAACUUAUCUGCCUUUGAAGAUGAGAUCAUAAAGUUGGCUCCAAAAGACAGAGAUGGACAAGCCAAUUUAACAAGAAUCCUGCAGAGUCGCCCUGGUGACAGCCCCCUGGUGGCAGAGUACAAAGACUCUCUGAGGAAGAAGAGCAUCCGACAGUCGAUUGAGCAGCGGCCAUUUUGGUGGGGUGUGCUGGACUUCUGGGUCAGGAAGUUUAACGUCUUCAAGAGAACCUAUCAUGUUGUGCGAGCUGGUUUCACUAGUGUGUUCACCAAUCAGACUGUAGCUGAGGUCAUGGCAAGUCUUAAUAAACAACCAGAACAGGAUACUCCUGAUCAGUCCAAUAAACAAAGCUCAACUGACACCCCUGCUAAGGAAGACAAAAACACUGAUUCGUCUGCUGACACGUCUGCAGAUUCAGGCGUGAAUCAGCCAGGGUUAGGUUCAAACCAGCCCGAUGGUCAUCCUCAGCAGGCUGACCCAGUCACCCACCAAAGCUGAUAGCUCUGCUGACAGCAGUUCACAAGUAUUAAACACUGUGUCUUCAUCAACCGUCAGUCAUAAAGUAUUUCUUUUUUUUUUAUAUGUGAUGCUACUAUUGUUAGUUUGUAAUAUUAUUUAUUGUCCACAUAAGUUAGCUUUAUUUCUUAAGAUCUGUUGAGUCAAUACGUCUCAUAAAUAACAUGUACACCAGAUCUUUUUGUCCAUUUUUUUUCAUUAUGUCUUCUAAUCAAUGACAGAAUGUAAUACCAAGAACAUUCAUUCAGAUUUUUGCCUUUCAUCAUUGGGUUUCUCUCAUCAUUGAGAGAAAAGAGCACUUUUCAUGAUGGGUACCCAUUUAACAAGAUACUAAUGUCAGCAUUUAGUCCUAAAAUACCCUUCCUGUUGCUAUUAAGUAGAUGUAGGCUGAGGUAGCACAGUUGACUGGUGAUCUUAUGCUUGAAUCAUAUGAAACAUGAGAUCUUCAAUUUCAGUCAUUGCCUUAUCUUUACUGCUUUCAAGGCAUUGGUGGCAGCAUGCCUUUGACAUUUCUCAUUGUACAAGGUAUUUCAUUGUAGAUGUUUUGCCUUUGACUAACUCAGCAUACAUACUGAGCUCCCCUUGUUGCCAAAACACUACUGCAAAUAAGCCUGAUAGCACAUUCCUGGCAUUCUUGUUUUGCUAACUCAUAAAAGUGAAGGUCAUUGCAUUUGUGCUUCUGUCAGAGGCAUGGGUGUAGGCUGUGCUUCAGUCAAAGCAUGGGAGUGUAUGUUGUGCUUUAAUCUGGACAUGGGAGUGUAGGUUGUGCUUUAAUCUGGGCAUUGAAGUGUAGGGUGUGCUUCAAUCUGGGUGUGGGAAUGAAGGUUGUGCUUCAAUCUGGGUGUGGGAGUGUAGGUUGUGCUUCAGUCUGGGUGUGGGAGUGUAGGUUGUGCUUCAAUCUGGGUGUGGGAGUGUAGGUUGUGCUUUAAUCUGGGCAUUGGAGUGUAGGGUUUGCUUCAAUCUGGGUGUGGGAAUGAAGGUUGUGCUUCAAUCUGGGUGUGGGAGUGUAGGUUGUGCUUCAGUCUGGGUGUGGGAGUGUAGGUUGUGCUUCAGUCAGAGAAUUGGAGUGUAGGUUGUGAUUCAGUCAGGGGAUUGGCGUGUAGGUUGUGCCUCAGUCAAAGAGUUGGAGAGUAAUUUGUGCUUCAGUUUAUUGUAUAAUUAUUGUGAUACAUUGCAUUUUGCUGUGGCAUAAAUUUUACUCACAAAAUGCUUUCACUAUUUCUAUUUCUCUUGUAAAUUUCUAAUGCUUAAAUGUUGGUGCUCUAAUCUUUAUAUUCUGAAUUUUUUUAAUUUUAUGAAUGUGUAUUGAUUUAUCACACAUCCGAUUAUAUUGUGAAGUACCAAAUAUCAUCUGAAAAUAUUUGUGGAAAUAUAUUUACAUCACUUUAUUGUGUUGUGUAAAGAGUAUACUCUGUAAAAAUGUCAAACACUGAUUAUAAUCAGCUUGUCUUUUGAGAUAGUCUAUAAUUAUAGAUAUAUGUAUAUUUUGCAUGAAGUUCAUCAAUAGGUCACAUAUGUGUCAGUAUGACUACCAGUACCUUCAAGUUGUAUAUUUUGGUGACAUUCGCAUCAAGCUUAAAGUUGUAACAUAGUACACUGUCAGUGAUGUCAUGCGCUGAGGUCAAAAUCGUUUUUUUUUUUUUUUUUUGGCUAGUUUCAUUCCGUGAACAUGACCUUACCGAAACUGAAAUGACAGGUAAAUUUGUGAUAGAUUUGUCUACAGCUGUAUAGUAGAGUGUUAUUUGGGAAACCCUACUCAUUCUAAUAUUUCCUUCAGAUACCGCAGUUUUUUUUUGUUUGUUCUUGUAUAGUCGGACAUAAUCACUACUGUAGAUGCAUAAUAUAUAUAACCAUGUGUGUAUCAGACUCAUGCUUCAAGAACAGCCCCGUGUCCGAUGAGUACACCAUGAAGCUGGACUGCUUAACAGUUUGCAGAAUAUUUCUGAUUAACUGAGCUAGCCAUUGACUGCGAUGUUCAUAACACAGGUGUAGAUCACAAGACCCAUGUCAGUAAUCAAGAAUAAAGA